AUGGAGCAAAACUUCUACGGGCGACCUCCCGUCCCCUCGGCUGCCACUUCCAGUGCACCAACACCUCUUCGCCCUGGAACCCCCAACACAGAUGGCAGCCGCAACAUCUUUGAUAGCACUGAUAGCGCCUCCAAUGCUCCUGGGACUGGCACAAAUCCCUUUGUUAGCCCUGAUGGCUCAAGGCCGGCCUCUAGUUUUGAAUCUUCCAGCGGUGGCCCUUUCGAGGGCACUGGCCAGCGAUACUUCCACUCACGAUUGGUAAAGAAAGGCGAGAUUGAGAAGCCUUGGUUGCAAAAGACGGAUCCCAAGGAGAAAUGGGUCACGAUCCUGCCCCUCCUUGGUAUCCUCCUUGGCCUCUGUAUUUCGGGGUUCCUGAUCUGGGACGGCAUGCGCAGUGUUGUCCACCACAAGUACUGUCCCGUUUUGGAUGACGACUUUAGCAACGGGCUUGAUCCUAGCAUUUGGUCAAAGGAGGUGCAGGUUGGCGGCUUUGGUAAUGGCGAGUUUGAGCAGACCACUGGUGGCGAUAGCAAUGUUUAUGUCCAAAAUGGCAACCUCUUUAUCCAGGCAACCCUCCAAAGUGCUGAUCUCGUUGAGAAGAACAACGUUAUCGAUCUGCUCAAAGACGGCACUUGCACCUCCAAGGACUACUACAGCUGCGUCGCGGCCACUAACACCACCAAUGGCAACUCUAGCAUUGUCCCCCCUACUCUUUCUGGCCGCAUCAACACAUUCAAGGGAGCAAAAAUCAAGUACGGCCGUGUUGAAGUCACUGCAAAGCUGCCUGUAGGCGACUGGCUGUGGCCUGCUAUCUGGAUGCUGCCCGUCAAUGACACCUAUGGUCCCUGGCCUGCCUCUGGAGAAAUCGAUAUCAUGGAGUCGCGUGGUAACAACCAUACCUAUGCUCAAGGCGGCAACAACAUUGCUUCGUCUGCUCUUCACUGGGGGCCCGACCCGGCUAAUGACGCUUGGUGGAAGACUAAUAACAAGCGUCAGGCGCUGCACACCACUUACAGCAGUGGAUUCAACACUUUUGGCCUUGAGUGGUCGCAGAAGUAUCUCUUUACGUAUAUCAACAGCCGACUGCUGCAAGUCACUUACACCAACUUCAAUAAGCCUAUGUGGAAUCGAGGUGGCUUCCCUGACUCUACUUCCAAUGGUACUAGGCUAGUCGACAUAUGGAGUAAGACCGGCCUCGACAACACCCCCUUUGACCAAGAGUUCUAUCUCAUCAUGAACCUUGCUGUCGGUGGCACCAACGGCUGGUUUGAAGAUGGCCAAUCUGGCAAGCCUUGGCUGGAUCAAUCUCCCAAUGCCAAAAAGGAUUUCUGGAAUGCCCGCGACUCCUGGUAUCCUACAUGGACGCAGCCUCAGCUUGAGGUUAGCCGCGUUGUCAUUAUGCAGCAAUGUGACGGCAACGAGGAUUUGUGA